AUGGCCAUGGACACGGACAUGGAGAAGAAGGGCGAGCCCGAGCUGAACAUCUCUGCGGUGGAGCAAGACCCGGUUAAACCACGGGGAUUCUUCGCCAAAGUGCGCUACUAUGAGGAAAUGCUGGACCGCAAGAUGGGCAUUGAGUCGCACAGUCUUGACCGUGUCCAUCCCGAGAAUCGACAGUCGCCAAGUCCCGUCGUGAUGGCGCUUAUGUGGGCGUCUGCUACGAUGAAUAUCAGUUGUUUCAGUACUGGUUUUUUGGGGCGGCAGUUUGGUCUUUCGCUUGGUCAAACCAUUCCUAUUGUGAUGUUUUCGACCUUGUUGGGUGCGAUGGUGACAGGCUGGUGCGCAACCAUGGGGCCGGGGACGGGUCUCCGCCAGGUAGCAAUCGCCAGAUACUCAUUUGGCUACUACCCAUCAUCGAUAAUCGCUCUGUUGAACGUGAUCGAACAGCUAGGCUGGGCAUCAGUAAACUGCAUCACAGGCGGUCUAGCCCUGAGUGCGGUCUCAGACGGCCAUGUCUCCAUCGCCGUAGGCGUGGUAAUCAUCGCCUGCGUGAGUCUGCUCUUCAGUUUCAUCGGACUACGCGGUGUCCUGCUGUACGAGAAGUACGCCUGGAUCCUAUUCUUCGUUAUCUUCAUUAUCAUAUACGGCGAGGCAGCCCACCGCGCUGAUCUGUCUCCACCGUCGACUGCCGUGACGGGCUUGACUCGCUCUGGAAAUGUGCUCAGCUUGAUCAGUGUUGUGUAUGGAUCUAGUGCGUCGUGGAGUUCGAUUGUUUCGGACUUUUACGUGCAUUAUCCUGUCAACACGCCUAAGACUAAGAUCUUUUUGUAUACCACUCUUGGUAUUACCAUUCCUACCUGCAUUGGCAUGUUGCUUGGUGCUUGUAUCAGUUCGGCGCUGGAUACGAAUCCUGAGUGGAGUGCUGCGUAUGAUGGCGGUAUUGGUGAGAUCUUGAGGGAGAUUAUCUACCCGGAUGGAUUUGCCAAGUUCCUUCUAGUUUUGCUGGUUCUUUCUGGAAUCGGUGUCAACGUAAUCGCAAUCUACUCUGGCGCCCUCUCAGCCCAACUAUUCGCAACCCCCUGCGCGAAAUUGCCCCGAGUGAUCUGGUCAUUCCUCGUCUUCGCCUGCGUCCUGGCGCUGGGCAUAGCAGGCCGGAACCAACUACUAGCCGUGCUAGAAAACUUCCUCUCCCUGCUCGGCUACUGGAAUACCUCCUUCUUCGCCAUUCUGUUCAUUGAGCAUUACUAUUUCCGCAAAGGAAAUCUGGCCAACUAUGAUCUCGAUGCGUGGAAUACGCCGGCCCGCAUGCCAAUCGGGUAUGCUGGUCUUGCGGCAUUCCUUUGUGGUGCUGCCGGCUGGAUUGUGGGCAUGGUGGAGACGUACUAUGUUGGUGCGCUUGCUGCUAUGAUUGGGGAUUCGGGUGGUGACAUUGCUAAUGAGUUGGCGUUGGUUUUUACUUCUGUUUCUUAUCUGCCGUUGAGAAUUUUGGAGUUGAAGUAUGUGGGACGGUGA